AAAAUAAAUACAGACUGUUUGUUCUAUUAAAUGCUAUAUUUUUUAUCUUUGUUUUUCAUUUGUUAUUCUCAUUUUAUUAAAAAGAUAAUAAAAUGUUUGGAAAGAAAGCUGCUGAACCUCGCCCAGCGAACAGGGCUGGAAACAAUGAUCUUGCGAAUAUGUUAGGGUUGGGAGUACCCAUGCAAGGUGGUGCUGAUGAUGAUGAUGACGAAGAUUCUUUACUGGCAGAAUUAGCAGCAUUACAGGGAAGAUCAGCUCCUGCAAAAAAAAAAGCACAUCCAAAACGAGCCCUUGUAAGUAUGGAUGAAAUAGAUCGAAUGGCUGCUGAAGGGAUGAAAGAUAUCGAUCAUGAUGAAGAUGAUGAUGAUGUUGAUGAAAGUGACUUACUAGCUGAACUUGAAGAUUUGGCUUCCGAUAAUGACGAAAAUGACGCUGCUAUGGAAACCGAACCAUCAACGAACCAAAAUGUGACGCCAUCAUUGGCAAAUGUUUUAAAUGAAAGAAAAGACAUGUAUGUGCAAGCCCUUGCAACUGCGAAAGCAGAAGGCGCGUCUUCAAAAGUAAGGCGAUUGGACAGAGGAUUAAAGGAAAUUGAUGGUUUGUUAAAAAAAGUGCAAAAGGGCGGUAAAGUUAGUGAAGAUGACAUUCCUCCACCAGUUGCUGUCAAAGUUAGCAAACCAAUAGAUCCUAAAACACAAUUCCUACCACCACCACCUUCAGUUAGUCCUGCAAAACAUAUAGCUCCAGUUCAACCAAUAACAGCUCCAGUUCAACCAAUAACAGCUUCACCAGAAAGACCCCCAAGACCGACAAUGUCACCAAAGCCUCAGCAAGCUGCACCAGAAACGGAAGUUCCUUCUGAAACUGGGACUAACGCCCAAUUAAAUACGUUGCUUGAACGCCAAAAACAAUUUAAAAUAGCAGCAUUAAAAAUGAAGCAACAUGGAAAUGUAGAGGCUGCAAGAAAAUAUUUGUCAACCUCAAAACAAUUUGAUACAGUUAUAGAAGCGCUAAAAGCUGGAAAGGAAAUAGAUUUAUCAAAUAUGCCUGAACCACCAGAUCUUCAAGAUAAACAACCUGCUUCCUCGCAUGCUCCAACUGCAAAACCUGAGGCCUCCAAAAUAGCAGACCCUCCUGCAGCUAGCAGUGCGCCCUUAUCAGGUCCUCCACCUGCGGCAACUACCAUUUUGGAAGCAUUAGAGCAACGACUACAGAAGUAUGAAGAAAGUGCACUCAAAGCAAAAGAAGAAGGAAAUGGUGGAAAGGCUAGGCGAAUGGGACGCAUCACGAAACAAUAUCAGGAUGCAAUUCGCAGUUACAAAGCCAAGAAACCAGUAGAUUUUAAUGAGCUGCCUUGUCCACCAGGUUUUGGACCAAUUCCCGGCAUUGCAUCAGAAGUAGCAGAUCCACUUCAACAGCAGUCUGGUGGUGUUCCAGCUCCUACCGUUAUCCCUCCUACACAUUCUCCAUCACCUGCUCCACCCUCAGCUACUCCCUCCACCACCAAGUCACCACCCAAGCCGGCGUCGAGAAAUGAAAAAGAGUACGAGUUUCUAGUGAGUCGACAAAAGGAGUUUAAAAUGGCGGCGAUACAAGCAAAAAAAGGUGGUGAUAUGGAUGCUGCCCGUGAAUAUCUACGACAAGCUAAGGGACUUGACGAUAUGAUUUUAGGUGCACAAAAUGGUAUGCGUGUUGAAGUAACAACUGUACCAACACUGAAAAAGGUAUCAGCCUCAAUAAAGGACUCAUCAAGUGGCGGAACAUCAUUAAAAGAAUCUGCAGAAUUUAGUGGCUCAGUCUCGGAUCAAUAUAAACAAAUCGAAACAGCUUUAAGACAACAAAUUGAGGCUUCUGAGAAGAAUGCGAAACACUAUCAGUUGCUAGGCAACCUUGAUGCGUCGAAAAAUUUUAAUUCUCUGCUAGCAAGCUCGAAAAAAGAUUUAAACACACUUUUACACUACAAACAGCAAAAAAGUCCAGUACCAAAAUGUAAUUAUAUAACCAAGUCCUUUCCAGUUGUUAGGUCGAAUCCACAACUGAGCGACUCUGAACUCGAAUUGACAGUCAUUCGUUGCGUCAAUGUUCCUUUACCGUCAGGAUUUCAACCAAAAGAUAUGCAUAUUUAUAUAACCUACGAAUUAGCAUAUCCACAAGAAAAGCCACAAAGUGGAUACACUACAACGAAAAAGGAGACAAUCAAUCCAGAGUAUAACGAGAGUUUCAAAUUAGCCAUAGAUCGAAAAAAUCGAAAUUUUGUAAGAUUUUGUAAAAGACAAGCUUUGAACUUGAAAGUUUAUUACGUGAGAGGUUUUUUGAAGAGUGAUAAAGCGAUUGGACAAGCGUCUAUUAAACUCGAACACUUUAACAACCGAUGCGAAAUACACGAAUCUGUUGAUUUAGUGGAUAUGGAGAAAGGUCGCAAGUCAGUCGGAGGAAAGAUUGAAGUCAUGUUAAAAAUUCGUGAGCCGUUAGUGGACAAAGAUGCAGAGAUCGUAAAAGAAAAAUGGCUGGUUCUCGACACACAUCUUCGAGGAUUAGAAAUGAAAACCACACACCAAGCUCAACCACAAGCUUCCAGUACAAGUGAAACCUAUGAAUGUUUAGAAGUUUUAAAACAUGAAAAAGACAUGUAUGAAAGACAGAUCGGUGCGUACAAGAGUCAAGGGAAGCAGCCACCUCCCACGCUGAUGCAAAAGUUGCAAACGAAUCAACAAAAAAUGAAUACUAUACAGAAUAAAAUGAAGCAAGGAGGGAAACAAGGGGUCACGGCAUAUUUACGCAAUUUAACGACUGGGUUGGAAAUCGAGAAGGUGAAAGCUCAAAACGCUUUAAGAAAUAAUGACAAGGAAACUGCGAAAAGCUGCUUAUCCAGGAAGAAGUUAAUUGAAAAAGAAAUUGGAGUACUAAGGCAGAGGCUUGGGAUCUAAUUCUUUGUCUUGCAUAACAGUUGGUGUUUUAUCUUGCGAAAUUAUUGUACUGUUUGAAUAGUCUGUCGUUUAUAAACCAAUGUCAUCGUCGAAAUUACCGAUGGAAAAUUAUUUAUUAGUUGAACAUUUGUUGUCGUCAGGUGGUGUUAUGUGGUGUUAUGCAGCGUCAUUUUUGUGUUUCGUCGUACGUCAUUUUUAAA